GAUGCUUCCUGGACGAGGAUUAAUUGUCGUCGCCUUUGGCGUUUGCUUGUUCGUUGCUCUUCUCGAGGUGAGCGAAGCCAGGCCACGCAUCAGGCAUCAAAAAGGUGGCACUCAUUGCAGCAGAUGCGGUCCAGGCUGGGGCGUGGUGAACCGCUGCGUACGUGGCCGCGACACCGAGUGCGGAAAGUGCUCGUCGGGCACUUACAGCCCCCAUCACAGCACCCACCCUUGCUGGAUCUGCUCGAGGUGCGGCCCAGGACUCUACGAGGCGCACCCUUGCACCUCCAAGACCGACACGGUCUGCGACUCCUGCCACAGACCGGCCCCGGACAACCCCGACUACCACCGGAAGUGCGACGGGAGGGCGAAUCUCUUCCUCGCGCCGGAGGACGCGCAGGAGACCGGCGAGGAGAGCGCACUGGUGAACGACCCUGACGGCCAGGAGCAGAUUCUAGACGGGAAAGAGGUCCUCGAGGAGGACGCCGAGGCGGCGAUGCUCACCGGGGAGCUGAACUCCUUGGAAAGGCUCUAA